GCCCUGGAACUACAACUCCCGGUGUGCCCCGUGGCAGUUACUAAGGGCUGGAGGGAGCGGAGGGCUUCGGCGGCUGAUGCUGAGAUCCAUUGCUAUCUGAUUUCAGAUUUCUCCAAGGAACACUUCUAGCAGAAAUGGCAGAGAAAGUAAAUAACUUCCCUCCGCUCCCCAAGUUUAUUCCUCUGAAACCGUGCUUCUACCAGAACUUUGCCGAUGAAAUUCCCAUAGACUAUCAGAGUCUGGUGAAGAGAAUUUACCAUUUAUGGAUCUUUUACUGCAUCACACUAGUGGUGAAUCUAAUUGGCUGCCUGGCCUGGUGGAUUGGUGGUGGUUAUGGCGUUAAUUUUGGCUUGGCCAUCCUUUGGCUUUUUCUCUUCAGCCCCUGCAGUUACAUAUGCUGGUUCCGGCCUGCAUACAAAGCCUUUCGGUCUGACAGCUCUUUUAAUUUCAUGGCCUUUUUCUUCAUCUUUGGUGCCCAGUUUAUUCUGACUGUCAUACAAGCGAUCGGUAUCUCCAACUGGGGAACAUGUGGAUGGUUGGCAGCCACUACUUUUUUUAGUACCAGUGUUGCAGCUGCUAUAUUCAUGCUGUUUCCAGCCAUAAUGUUUACGAUGUCAGCGGUUGCGAUGUCCUUCUAUCUCCUAAGGGUACAUAAAAUUUACCGAGGGGCUGGCGGAAGCUUUCAGAAAGCCCAGAAUGAAUGGAACAGCGGCUCAUGGAGGGACCCCCCAAGCAGGGAAGCUCAGUACAAUAACUUUUCUGGAAACAGUCUGCCACAGUAUCCCACGGUGCCCAACUAUCCCACGGGAAAUCAGUGGCCUUAAGCAGCAACAGCUGUCAAACUGCCUGGAUUAUCUUUUUUUUUGGUCUCCUCCUUGUUGUUAUUAUUAUUAUUUGAAAAGAUCUUUUUUCCCUCAUCAUCUUUUGUGCAAGAUCUGUGCACUCAGCCUGUACUGCCUCCAGGGCUUUGCCCAUCUCUAUUGGAACGUUUUAUUUUGUGCACAGUUGCCAGUAUUUGCCUUGCUGCAGAACACGGAACUAUUUGCUGCCCUUGCUCGGGGGAAUCUUCCAAUGAUCAGUACCUGGAAAAGGCUGACUUUUUUUUUUUUUCCCCUGUGCGAAGAACACUUUAAGAUGCUCUUUCCCCUGCCCUCUUCAUUCUUAUCAGAUGCACAGUACACCACCACCAUCUUCCUGUUACCGAGCAGGGGACAUAAUUGGAAAUGGGCAUCAACUGGCAUCUCCUGAUGAGUUUUCUGGAAUUUCUAUUUCUCGAAGGGAAAUAUCUCAUCUAUUUUAUUUUGUGCUUCAUAAGAUUGAAAUUGGCAGCCAGGGCUCCCUUUUUGUUCAUAAAACCCUUGAAGGUCUAAACCGUCUCGAGUUCUCCGUAGCGAGAGAAUGCUUUAGAUAACUCUGCCCAUAGUGAGUGAUGGCUGGACAUUGCAUCUGAUUAGCAGAAGCUCCACUCAGCUGGUGAGGUAUCGUUCUAUUAGAAUUGGUUGUCUCCACCCCCAAAGGUUUUUCUUAUGGUACAGUCUACAUGUUUGAAAGUACUGGUUCAUCUCACUUGUCUAUAAUCCUUGCUUGCUAAUGGCCUGAUUUGAAAGCCCAGUGGAAUCACUGACUUCAAUAGGCUUUUGGCUCAAAAUGCAUCGGUUAUAUUCACUCUUAUGUAGGCAGCCAACACAAGACAUAGGCACCACUUAAGUCCCACUUAUGCAGUGUCUAGGUUUUGUGCUUGCCCCACAUGUGCAGGCCCCUCUCCCUCCUGAUUGAAUCUCAUCCUACUGACAAACCCUUAUAAUGUAAAUAAUCUUCUGGCUACGGUUCUGUAGCCAGGUGAUGGAUAACUAUAAAUCUGAAUACUAAGAAUGACUUCUGUGAUGUGGGAGUAACUCCUUUAAGAUUGAUGGAUCAAUCCUGAUUUAUUCUGACAUAGCUGACAUCCGAAUCUGAUCAAGAUUCUCAUGCUUGUGAAUUGUUCUCCUGCAAUGUCACGUUAGACUACAAAAUGCUUAAUAGUCUUGUAAGCUAUCCUUUAUUUAGUCAUGCAGAACCACUCCCCAUGUGUACAGCCAAGUGUACAGCUCUUCUCUCUACUUCAGCAUGCAGGCAGAGAGAGAUGGAAUUAUCUUUCCCUAAGAAGUUGGUUGAGAGGAAGAUAAAGGUUCUGUUGAGAGGGUCUUUUCUUGCUGAGAACGAGGCUUUGUCUACACUACAAAUGCUUUGCUGGCUUAGCCGUACUGACCAGAGCACUCUAGUGUGGACAUAGCGUAUGGUGACAGAAGUUUUUCUGUUGGCACAGUAACACCAGCUCGCUGAAUGACAUUAGCUAUGUCAACAGAAGCACUCUAAUGCCUGCUUAGCUGUGUCUUUACUGGGGUUUUUUGCUGACAUACCUAUGUUGGCUGGGGGGGGGGGCGGAUGUUGAUUUGUUUUUUGUUUCACACCCCCAUCAACAUAGCUAUGCUGGCAAAACUUUGUAGUGUAGACCUGGCCAUAGUGUGUGUCAUAGUGCUGACUUCCACCCUUUUAUCGAUUUCUCAUGUCACAAGUACUGAAAUCUGUAGGCAGAACAGUCAAAUUCCUUUCCAUUUCGUACUAUAUCAGCCCAAGCAAUACAAGCUAUAGUUUCCCGUUUCUCCUUAAAAAUCUGCUACUCAAUGUUCAGAUUUUUCCAAUCAGCCUGUGAGAUCUGGAUGCCCAAUUUCCAUUAAUUUUUAUGGGAACUGAGCCUCCAAAACCCUGCAGCAGUUUUGAAGGCCUCUGCUAAAGAUCCUGUGAGGUGCUAAAAGCCUUCAACUUCCAAAGGAGACAUGAGGGAGGUUUGGUAUUUGUUCAGAUCUGCAGAUUAGUGCUGAAUUCUGCUCUCAGUCGUGUUGAUGUGAAUCCAGAGUAACUCCAUAGCUAUCAGUGGAGUUAUGCCAAAUUUACACUGAGUAACUGGAAACAGAAUCUGCUCUUGAAAGGCUUAGAAAAGGUCUCCCAGCUGGAUGGAAUCCAGCUGCAAAUGAUCCUUUGAAAAUAGUCUCAAUAUACAAGUGCCUUAUUCAAUAAUAUAUUAGCUCUUAGGGAAGAGUUCUUCCCUCAGUGCCCCAUUCCACAUUUUGUUCAGUCUUAAUUUUUUUUCCUAUAUGCAUAUAUUGUAAAUAUGAGGUAAGUGAAAUGCAUUACCAUGGGAUUUGUGUGACAUCUUUGUUAUCAGAUGGGCCAAAGGAAAAGCAACUGAUUAACACUGGAAGCCAAAGCCUCCUUGAACUUCAGUUUAAAAGCAACAUUUCCCAUUGCUGUAAAGCUAGCCCUUUGCUGGGCCUCUCAAAAUAUCUUUCUAACACAUUCCUAACACAGUGACUUGUGUGUGUGUCUGUGUGUGUGAUUUUGCUUAUAAACACAAGGACAGAUGCUUGGAGCUUUGCUAACAGAAUACAGUCCAAUCAUGUUGCUGAACUUUUAGUUGCCUUCAUCUUGCGUAGAGUGUUGUGUGGAUUUUCUUUGCGCGCUUGCCAUCGAAAGGGUGGUGAAAGAGACCUGCCUGUCAUUUAACUCCCUGGAAAUACGAACAUGCUGCCCAGGGGGUGGGUCAGAAUUCCCAGUGCUUGGAUCCUGUUAAUGAAAACAGGAGUCCUGCCUGUAAUUUGCCACAUUGGGAAGCCUGAACAUGGCAUACCUGCCUAAUCUCAUCCUUGGAGGUGCAGAAUAUCCUCCGCCCCUCUUGGCCAUUCUCUUCAAUAUGGGGUGACUGAGGGUGAGUCGUAAUUCCAGAAAGUUGACUCAAUCAAUGUGCUGCCAAACUGUUGUGGCUUAUUUUUGGAAUCAUAGCUCUAUUUUUAUAAAUGUAAUGUUUACAUUAGAUUUCCAAGGAGCUACCAACGUUUUGGAGAAUUGUUAACCUGGACUUAGCCACCUUUAAUUUUUGUUCUGCAUCAUGUUAUGUGGGAUGCUUUGUGUCGUCUGUGGGGUUCUUUGUUGUUUUCCUUGCAGGCGUCAAAUAAAUCCUCAUUCUUUGCUCAGUGAGAAGAGCCUGGCUACCGUGGAGGUGUGUACGUAUUCAUGAUGGUUGGAAGAAAAUAAUGAGAUCUGGUUAUCCCCGUGCAGUAUUUUCCAUUCUUAGAAAACUCCAAAGCCUUCUGGGAAAUGGGAGGUUUGGACAAGUAAAGGAACAAUGCAUUGUGGGUGAAAUUCACCCCUUUGCUGGGAGCCAGUGCAAGGGGUAUUCGCUAUUUAAUAUAUCCUCUUUUCAUGCUUUUCAACUAUUGACUUUGCAAAGAUCUGUAUCGUUAUCCCCAUUGUGCAGAUGGGGAAACUGGGGGCAAGUCACUUCUCUCUGUGCCUGGAUCACCCAGAAGGCCAGUGGCAUGGCUGGGAAUAGAACCAAGAUCUCCUGAGUCCCAGUCCAGUGCUCUGGCCACUGGCUAGCACUAUCUUUCCUAAGUAGCACCUAGGAUUCAAGCUGCUCUCUGCACAGAGAUGAAUUUCAACCUGAGGGGGUAUUGAUCAGCCUUGGGUUAAACAGGCUUAUGCUGAAUUCAGUCAAGUUUCCUUACACACACACCUUAAUGUUAUCCUGAAGUUAAGGUGCCUCCUAAAGGUUGCUUAACUUUAGCCAUUUCACUCACAGCCAGAAAAGCACUUAGCAGAGCAGAUGAAAGUGAAUGUCUUCUGUCAACAGUGCAGACCCAUUUGAUGUGCUCACCUGGGCCUACAUUCUGGCCUCAGGAGGCCAGUAGCAGCUUUGCAAUUCCAGUUGACGUAGUGGAAGCAGGAUUUGGCCCCAGGGUGAAAUUCACUGUAGUCUGGAGGACUUCCACAAGGCUCUAGGCACCAUUUAAGAAGGGUCUAAAUAACAUGUGGGGCCUUGUGCUGACUACCUGCGUGGGGGUGUAGGGAAUAUCGCUGCUAGUGCACCUCUUUGCACUGUUAGCGAUUCGUUAAUGGUAGUAAGUGGCAACUGCUUCAUAUGGUGGUUUGCUGCUGUGAGGUGGACUUUCAUCCCUGGGUCUUAGUUCGGUGCACAAGGAUAGAAUCUCCUCUCAGGCAUGUGUUCCUUGCAAGGAUUUGCAAGAACAAACAAGUUUCACAAGCAUGCCCCUCGCCAAGCCAAGCGUAGGUCAGCAUAGUCCCUUGCAAUGAGUGGUAUUGCAGCAGGAGACGCUGUGCACUCACUCCCUAGUACACAAGAGGGUGACAUGUGGGCAGAAGUUGGCAGUGUCUUGAGAUGCAGGCAUGAGCACGGCCUCCAUUAUGCUACUGAGAAACUCAGAUGCUCUCCUUUCAGGCCUCCCUCCAGCUAGGGGGAGGUGUGACUUGGCACCCACCCAGCCGUGCUCCUGUUCUCUGUAUUGUAGUAAUUCCUAGGAGCUCUAGUCAUGGUGCUAGGUGGUGAACAAACCAAGAACAAAAAGUUCCUGCCCCAAGGAGCUUGCCUGUGGGAUCAGGGUUCCCUCUCAGCAGUGGUUACAUAUUGCUCAUGCCCCUACAGCUGGGGAAGAUCAAGGCCUGUCUGUGUGUGCCUAGCCCCUGUGACAAUGUGUACCUGCUUGUUUGCCUGACUUCUGCCACAUUCCCAAUGCCUGUGUGCAUUUUCCUUGAGCCCCGAUCAUGAAUGCUUUGUAACAGAAAGAUUAAACUUGGCUGAACAGUUUGCUUUUUUCCUCUGCUUUUAAAUUGGUGGAUUAUGUAUUCUCUGCUUAUGAAUUAGCCCUAAUUAGCUUACGCCUCCUGGGAUGAGUGGAGGGUUUGCAGAUGUAUGUUUUCCAACAGUAAUACAGGGGCUUUUAUAACUAGCUUACUAAUGCUACGCUGGAUGUAGAGCAUGAGUUGUAUUGAUCUCUACACUACAUGCCUAUGUGCUGCCCUUUCAUACCACUGUAUCUGAUGCUGAAUUACAGCAUGCUGGAGCAUUCUAGUUAAAUAAAAGUCAAACUGUGUUGCUU